AUGAUUAACCAAGCGGAUUUUAUAAAAUACAAACAAAAAAUAUUAUAUUAAGAUUAAAAAUAUAUUAAGUUUCUACCAUAUACAGAUUCAAAUCUAACAUCAAACUAGAAGUAUGAUUUAAUUACAUAUUUUAGACUUUCCUUUAUCACGAAUUCUAUUUUGCUGUUGGAAAUUAUACGUAAAUAUUAAUUUACUAUAAUUAGUGAUGCCAGUGCAGGAUGGAGAACGGUUUAAGUUGAAUUUACUUCAGGAUAUUGUCGUAGAUGUUGUUAAUUAUUUGAUGUAUGGAUUAAUAUAAUUAUACUCCAUGCUCAAAACCACAUCAGAAAUUAACUGGUAGUUAAUGUUAUGUUUACGAUGA